AUGUGUGUCAUAGGCAAGCCACAAUUAUGGGACCUAAUGACAGCCGAUAUCAGGGUGGUAUAUUCUUUUUGACAAUUCAUUUUCCUACAAACCACCCCUUCCAACCACCUAAGGUUGCAUUUACAACAAGAAUUUAUUAUUCAAAUAUUAACAGUAAUGUUAGCAUUUGUCUCAGUGGUCUAAGAUCACAGUGGUCUCAGGCUUCAACUAUUUCUAAAGUUCUUUUAGGUAUUGGAUCACUGCUCUGUGAUCCAAAUCCAGAUGACCCCCUCGUGCCAGAGAUGACAUGGAUCUAUAAAACAGACAGAGAUAAGUACAACAGAAUAUCUCAGGAAUGGACUCAGAAGUAUGCCAAAGUGCAACAGAAUAUCUCAGGAAUGGACUCAGAAGUAUGCCUUGUGAUGCUAACCUCAAGUCAGAUUAACUUGCAUUAUAAUUGA